AUGACUAUUAAUCAAACAGCCUAUGCCAAAUGGAUCAUAGAAAAGAUUGGCGAUAGAGUGUCACGUAAAAGAUUAAAAUUGACUAUAGAACUUCGUCUUCAACAGCAGAGAGUGGCACCAGCAACAGCACCUUCUGUACGUGAACCAAUUGAUUGGAGAUCAAUUGGAUUGGAUCCACCUGCUGAGACUUCAGCUACUACUAUUUUUGUGUCAGAUCUCGAACAAGUCACCACAUCAUUAGAUAAUGAACAAUACUCACAAUAUGCAAUUGCCUCAGCCACUCCUCCGUCACCAUCCUAUUAUAAAGUCAUUGAUUCAUUUUCACAAGGAAUCUUUAGCGAUUGUCCAAAAUGUAGUAAUCAAAAAAGUGUAUUUAAUGCAAAAUAUUGUAUACAAUGUGAAUAUUGUUAA